UGCGGAAGCGGCGGCGGUGGUGUUGGUGGUGUUGAUGUUUGGUCGGUGGAGGAGCUCCGCGGUGAUGAAUUAGAGCGGUGCUGAGGGCACAGUCUGUCCGCUCUGAGGGAACGCAGCACAGGCAGGUGCAGUGCCCCGACCCGCGGCUCACCUGUGCUCCAGCGGGGACGCCUCGCUCGAGAGCUGGAUGCGCCAGCAGGCUGAGGGGCUAGCUGUGCUAGCUAACGCUAGCUGAGUCCUCCGGCACAGUUAACGUUAGUUACCUUCCCUACACCUGAAGCAGACCUAAAGGGUGCUCAGGAUGCUGGAGUCCUAUGUCACUCCACUGUUGAUGAGUUAUGUGAACCGGUACAUCAAGAACUUGAAGCCCUCUGACCUCCAGCUCUCACUAUGGGGUGGAGAUGUGGUGCUCAGCAAGCUGGACCUCAAACUAGAUGUACUGGAGCAGGAACUGAAGCUACCCUUCACCUUCUUGAGUGGCCAUAUACAUGAGCUACGGAUCCACGUGCCAUGGACCAAACUGAGCUCGGAAGCUGUGGUCAUUACCAUCAAUACCAUGGAGUGCAUCCUAAAGCUGAAGGAUGGUGUUCAGGAUGAGAAUGAAAGCACUACGUCCAGUCGAAGCGCCUCUGAGAAGAGCGUGUCCAAACCUCGCCGAGUCCAGCAGAGCCCCACUGAACCUGACCUGCCCCCAGGCUACGUUCAGAGUCUGAUCCGUCGUGUGGUCAACAACGUGAACAUUGUGGUGAAUAACCUGAUCCUGAAGUACGUUGAAGACGACAUCGUCCUCUCAGUCAACAUCACGUCAGCAGAGUGCUACACAGUAGAUGAGCUCUGGGACAGAGCCUUCAUGGACAUAAUCUCUCCUGAGCUGGUCCUGAGGAAGGUGAUAAAUUUUGCGGACUGCACCGUGUGUUUGGACAAGCGGAACGCUAGUGGGAAGAUUGAGUUUUAUCAGGACCCCCUGCUCUACAAGUGCUCUUUCAAAACCCGCCUCCACUUCACCUACAAUAACAUCAAUUCUAAAAUCCCAGCGGUCAUCAAAAUACAGACAAUGGUUGAGAGUCUGAAGUUGUCUCUGACAGAUCAGCAGUUGCCCAUGUUCGUGCGAGUGCUGGAUCUGGCUAUAGCUUUAUAUUACGGGGAUAUUGGAACUCAUAAAGAUGGUGAGAAGGAAGAGAGCGCCUCCGGCACUGAAGCAGUGGUCAACAUCCCCAGUACAAUGGGUGAGGGAGUAGACCCAGCAGUAUCUGGUCAGUAUUCCAGCCCGGAUCAGUAUUUGCCGACUGAGGAUGAGGAUCAGGGCUGGGUGUCCUGGGCCUGGUCGUUUGUCCCAGCUAUUGUUAGCUCAGGAGAAGAGGAGGGGGAGGCAGGUUUCUACACAGAUACAGAGGACGGCAGAGCCCCCAGUCCCAUGCAGUCCCCUUUUAGAGAACCCAUAGUGUCCGUUGGGUUCUACUGCACCAAGGCCUCUGUCACAUUCAAGCUGACUGAAGGUAGUUCUGACAGUAAUUACUACAGUCCUCAGAAAGUAAAAUCACAGGAGGUGCUGUGUGUGGAACAAGAGGGCAUCACUGUGGAGGCUCUGAUGAUGGGAGAGGUGUUUUUUGACUGUCAGAUUGGCGUGGUAGGCUGCAAGGCUCUGAGUCUCAAAGGCAUUAUGGGAGUACGGGACUUAGAGGAGAAUUUGGGCCGGCAGGAGGAGGAUACAGUCUUUUUUAACUGUGGAGAAAAUCUGAGCUCAAAAGGAAUGACCUACCUGACAAACUCACUCUUUGACUACCGCAGUCCAGAAAACAAUGGAGUCCGUGCUGAAUUCAUUCUUGAUGGCAACCUUCACAAGGAGACCUACACUGAAGCUGCAGGGCUGCAUCGUUUCGGUGCCUUUUACAUGGAUUAUCUCUACAUGAUGGAAAACACGAGCAGAAAAGAUAUAGGACUGCAGGAUUUCUCAGCAGUGGGUAAAGUGGAACCAGCUCCCCUGGUUCAGGAGACAUCAGUGAAACGGUUGGUGAUUGGCCCACUGGACAUCCAGCUUUGCAGCAGUGCAAUCCAUCGCAUCCUCAAGAUGAUUGCCUGUGCCAUGGACCAUGAGUAUGAACCCUACUGCAAAACUAAGCCAGACGUGGUGGAGGAGUGCCGGGUGGUUCCUAGUGAAGAGGAGGUGGCGUUGCUGGAAGAGUUCAUUCCGACGCGGCUGACGUGUGUAACACUGAUGAAGGCUUCAGUCACUGUCACCAUGGCAGAGUUUAACACACUGCACAUACUGCUCCCAACCAUACUGGGUCAAAAGAGUUCUCCUGGCCAGAUGCCCUCCCCACAGUUCCAGCCUGUCAAGCCACUGCCCGCUGUGCGUCUCGUUGUGGAACGGGUGAAUCUAGAACAUUCCGUACCGAUGUACGGCCCUGAGCUGGUUCGCACUGUCAGCAGCCUCAGCCAGCCUUCAGAUAACCUUCUGCACAACUGCUACACACACUGCUACCUGAAGGUGUUUGAAUUGCAAGCAGGAUUGACCCUGAUGGAUAAUGAGGGGUCCUCUCCACUCUUAACCAUAAUCCCCUCUUUUAGUACUGCCCUCUAUGGAAAGAUGCUUCAGUUCCCAGCGUACUGGUCAAAGAGGUCCUCUGUGUCCUUGACAGAGUGUAUAUUUGAACUACCCCACUUCACGGUGCAGGCCACACAUCCUCAGAUGUUGAUGCUGAAGUGUAUAUGGCAGAGCUGGGCCUGCAGCCCUGGGAGUGGAUCUGGUCCCACCAGUAUCGACACACUCAUCAGUGAGGUUUACAGAAAAACAGGUGGAAAGACUGCUAGAACUGCUUCCCCCACAUUGGAGGGGAUGAUUCAGAGUGUGGAGCUGAAGGUGUGCUGGAAGUCAACAGUGUGGUGUGCAUCAGGAACACUGGGAGCUGCUAAAGUGUGUGCCAGGACACUGGGUGUGUCUGAGGGGCAGAAGGAGCAGCUAGUGGUUCUGCUGCAGGGUCCGUCUGACACCCGGGAGCUCUACAGCAGACAGUGGCUGAGCGAGAGCCGCCGGCCGCAGUCUCUCCUCGCUCCAGACCUGCUGACCUUCUCCCUGCAGGUCCCACACCCUGCUGAAGACUGCCGCAACUCCGGUGCAGUGAUGCUAGUCAGUGUGCAAGGCAUUGCUGUGAAUGUGGAUCCAGUUCUGUCCACUUGGCUCCUCCACCAGCCUCAGAGACCCAGCAGCGGUCGGAAGACACAGCAGGCUGCAACUGUAGUUCCGAUGGUGAAGGUGAAGAGGAGAGAGGAUGAAGCAUCAGUUGGCAGUACUCCACUGGCCAAACCGUUGUCCAAUCAGGCUUCAGACUACGCCAGCAGUCCGCUCAAAACAAAGACUGUAACAGAGUCACGUCCACUCUCCAUUCCGAUAAAGGUCAUGCAGUCAACUGCUGAGAGCUCUGUUUCAGCAGAUGAGCGAAUGAAGGAACUCAUUGCCUGUGCCUGGGAUGCUGUCAAACGGCUUACUCUGCAGGUGGAAUUGCAGCCAUGCUGUGUUUUUGUGCCUAACGACACCCUGCCCUGUCCCAGCACCAUCGUGUGUGGUGAUAUCCCAGGCACAGUGCGCAGCUGGUACCACAGCCAGGUCUCUAUGCCAGGGACUUUGGUGGUCUGCCUGCCCCAGGUCAACAUCCUCAGUGCUGGACACAAGCACAUGGAGCCCUUACAGGAAAUCCCUUUUACGAUCCCCAGACCUGUCCUGGAGGAAGGUGAUGCAUUUCCAUGGACUGUGACAGUAGGCCAGUUCAGUGUUUACACACUGCUGGGGCAUCAGCGCUCCCUCUCCCUGCUGGAGCCAAUAGGCUGUACUUCCACCCUUGCAGUAACAUCCCAUAAACUGCAGCCUGGACCAACAUCAGGCAAUACCGCCCCUGACUCCAGACACGCCUUCAUCAUCUGUCUGCAUGUAGACCUACAGACUCUUCAUCUGAAACUCUCCAACCCACAGGUGCAGUUAUUGUAUGAGUUAUGUGUAAGUUGGAGCAGUAUUUGGGAGCGUCUACAGAGGAGAAGAGUUCUGAGACAGACGUCAGGAUUUCCAGAUCCUCCUCCUCCGCCUGCUGGACCACCUUCACCUGUCCACAGCAGUGCGGGCACCAUGCCCCCUGACACCAGCACCCUCAGCCCCUCAGCUGACUUGGGUUCACCCACAGAGAAUGACUCUGUGCCAGCUGGGGAAGACCCUGCCUUCAGCGAGACUGUGACUCUGGAGCAGAAAACGAGCAAUAUCGGUGGGGCUAGUGGGAAGGUCAGCCUCUGGAUGCAGUGGAUGCUGCCCAAACUCAUCGUAAAGCUCUUCUCUCCAGAUCCCACCACCAAGACAGAGAUGUGUGUGAUCAGUGAGAUGGAGGACCUCAGUGCAUCAGUGGACAUGCAGGAUGUGUAUACCAAGGUCAAGUGUAAAGUGGGCAGUUUCAAUAUUGACCACUACAGGAGCAGGUCCGGUGGGGAGGCUGCUGCUUUGUGGCCGGGUGUGUGUGGGGGGGUGCUGCUCUCCUGCACAGACAAGCUGAACCGACGCACCGUGCUGCUUCGCCCAGCCAGCCGCCAUGACCCCUUCAGCCACUUCUCUACCUUCUUUCCCCCUACGGCAGCGAAAGCAUUGGAAGUAUGUCAUCAGCCACACGGCUUCCUGUCAGUGACGUAUACUCAGGCAGUGACCCGCAACGUCCGACACAAGCUGACGGCACGCCAGGAAAGAGGGGCGGGGCCUCAGAGGCUGAGCGAGGGCGGGGCCGAUGGCUCACCACAGCACCUACAUGAGAUACUGCUGACGACUCAGCCCUUUGAUCUGGUGAUGUCCUGCCCCCUGCUGGCCAACAUCGCUCGAGUGUUCCGCACAGUCGCUCCGCCUCCAUCCAGACGACUACUCAGAGGAUACCACUCACCCGGCCAGCCAAUGAGAGGCCACGCCUUAUCCUCCAGCAGCCUGCCACUCAUCUACGUCAAUACCAGCGUCAUCCGCAUCUUCUGCCCCCUUCAGGAGACCCAGUGCAACAGCGAUUCCUUCCUGAAGGAGAAAAGAGAGGACACACUGGUGCUGAAGAUAGGAUCAGUCAGCAUGGCUCCUCAGGCAGAUAACCCUCUCACUCGGACCGUACUGCGCAAAGACAUCUACCAACGGGCAGUGAAUCUGGGCGUGCUGCGUGAUCCAGGAUCAGAAGUAGAGGACCGGCAGUAUCAGAUUGACCUGCAGAGCAUUAAUGUGGGAACUGCACAGUGGGAGCAGCUCCGUCCUGAAGGGGAAGGGACAAAGGGUGGAGCGACGGCUGACAGUGAGAGAAGUUCCCAGAAUCCAGCACUAGAGUGGAACAUGGCCAGCAGUAUUCGGAGGCACCAGGAGAGAAGAGCGAUCCUCACCCCCAUCCUGACCGACUUCUCUGUGCGCAUCACAGCUGCUCCUGCCAUCAUCUACAGCAAGCCUGUGUCCCCCGACAGAAACCUUGCUGAGGAGAUUGUCGUGUGUGGCCACAGUUUGGAGGUGAACGUUACAUCAGGCCUGGAGAUGUUUCUAAGUGUGUCUCAGCUCCAGCUUCUCCAGCUUCUGCUGCAGGCCAACGUGGGCACUGCGGACUCUUGUGAGAAAGCACCAGAGGUGCACAGCAAGAGCCCUCAGGAGGGAACUCUUCGUGCUGCAAGCUCUAUGGAGUUUUUAGGCAUGGGGAGCACCACCUGUGGGCAGGACAGUGGGUUUGGCAGUGACAGUGCCCGCCUGCGCAUCGUCCAAAUCGACCAACAGAGUGGCACCAGCCACCACCGGCUGGCCAAGCCUUCACAUCAGCCUACUAUUACCAAGAACCUCUCCUUUAUUCCUUUUGACGUCUUCCUCACAGCCGGUCGUCUCACCCUCAUGACCUAUACCAUGGCCUCUGUUCCCAAACCCACAGCAGAGUCUCCUGGAUGCACAGGCAAGAGUGCUCUUAACAUGCCAGAGGAAUCCAGUUCUUCAUCCACGAAUGAUCAGGCGUCUGGACCUGAUGCUGCUGCUGCUGAUCUCUCAGCUCUGACAGCAGAAGAUCUGCUGAAUGGGAAUAGCUUCGGUGGGUCACUACGUCCUCCUGGAACAGGGCUUAUUUCUCUUGAGGGGCUGUCUUCUCCCAGUAGGGCAUCUGCAAGACAAGCUCUGGGUGUUACUGUGGUCCGGCAGCCUGGCAGAAGAGGAGUAGGUGAAGGUCUUCUACAGCCUCUGCUCUUCCUGCAGCUCACGCAGCCAUCGGCUUUGCUCAGCUGCCACCAGCGGAGACAACGUCUGGAGCUCUCGUUGUUCGACUUAACUCUGAAAGGGGUCGCCCCUGACUACACCUGCCUUGAUGCAGGUAAGUCUCUCCCAGAGCCUCUGGAUUACACUUUGUUCUGGAUGCAGACAGUAGCAGGAGAGGCGGAUGAAAAGACUGGAAUCCCUCCCCCUCUUCUGUCCCUCUGCAUCAGAGACUUUCUCAAUGGACCAGCUGAGUUGAAGAUAGCUCUGUGUAGGCCUCUGAAGAUGAGUCCAACGGUAGCUAAGCUGGAGCAGGCAAAAUCCCUCUGGAUGAAAAUCUUUCCUGAGAGCAGCCAAACGCCCGAGACCUCCUCCCGCACACCUCAGCCCUCCCCCCUCAAGAUGCACACUCCUCCUCACAGUGCCAAACAAAGCAACAAAACCACUGUCUCUCCCUCCUUUCCAAGCCAGCUAGCAGAUGCCCUGCAGACUCUCGCUGUCUUCCACAAGAUCUCUCUUCAGACUGUGCAGAUGGUGGUUGUUAUGGAAACAGAGUCACACCCCGCCCGGCCCAGUCUCACUUUGUCUGUGUCCAGUGUGAUGGGUACACUGACCACAAAGAGCGGGCAGAAACCAGUUGAGAGUGUGAAGGAGGUGUGUGUACUGUUACAGUGUGAGGAUAUUUUGGUGAGAACAGCUCUUCAAGACAGAAGUGGGGUGUUUGUUGGGCCGUUCUCUUGCAGUGCAAAUCUAGAGGCUCGUUGGUGUCGACACAGUGGCAGCCCCACCCCUGAUGCUGGACCACCGAGAAUCCUGCUGGACCUGAAGGGAGGAUUACUACAGGUGUUUUGGGGACAGGAGCACUACAAUUGUCUAACACUGAUUCAGGAGUACUUGCAAAACUACUUAAAAGAGAUGGGCAGCGAAGAAGAGGAGUCAAAGCCCGUCAUCUCCCACCCAUCACCUUCUCCUGGACCACACUCUCCUCAUACAGAACACUCCUCAGAUGACCUGCGCACUGGACUGUUCCAGUACAUCCAGGACUCAGCCUCUCAGAAGCUGCCAGGGCCUCAUGAGGUGGUCUUCUAUAAUGAGACAGAGGACAGUCCUGGUGUGAUGAUGUGGAGGUAUCCAGAACCUCGAGUUCUCACAUUCAUACGCAUCACCCCCGUGCCUUUCAACACUACUGAAGACCCAGAAAUCAGCACUGCAGACCUGGGGGACGUUCUACAGGUCCCCUGUAGUCUGGAGUUCUGGGAUGAGUUGAGGAAAUCUUUUGUGCCAUAUCGAGAGUUCAGCCUGUCUGAGUGCAGUGUCUGUGAGCUCACGUUGCCACCACUGAACCCACACACACACCAGACUGAUCUUGUGGCCUGUGACCUAUGGAGAGUCAUAGUUAACAGUACAGGGGAUGGAGGUGAUGAAGGGUCGGACAGCGAGUCUGGGUCUCAGUUGCCAUGUGAGCAGCUGAUCUCUCCCACAGCACUGGCGGCGUGUACGAGGGUGGACUCCUGUUUUGCUCCAUGGUUUGUGCCAUCGGUUGGAGUGUCCAUGAGGCUGGCUCAUCUGGAGCUGCGGCUGUGCCAUCACCUGGAGCAGCUGGGCAAAGUGCCAUCCCAGCAGAUGCGCCCCUUCCUGUCCGACAAGAAGCUUCCUGCAGAGCAGGAGUACGGGCUGGUGUGUGUUCGGGAGCCGCAGGCCUUCGUGUGGCAGUGGAGCGAUGGAGCUCAGCUGGGCCAGGAACUGCACUUCUCCUCCAAACUGCACUGCCACCUAGUGGACUACAGGAACCUCACCCUCUUAGCCCUACUGCAGCCCUUUUCCCUGCAGGGCCAUUGUACUAGCACCUACACACACUCCCAGCACACACACAACCAACUGACCCUGCAGCUGGAGCCUGUGCAGGUUUCAGUGGGGCAGCAUGCCAUAUACACGCUGGAUACUGCACUGCAGGCCUGGAAACAGAAUCAGAAUCCAUCAGCUGAGGAGCUUCUCUUCAGUCACUACGUGAUCUGUAAUGACACUCAGGAGACUCUCCGUUUUGGUCAAGUGGAUACAGAUGAAAGCGUGGUGUUAGCCAGUGGCCAAAGCCACCAGUACUGUUGGAGAUCUCACAAAUCCUCACAGCUGCUGCACGUGUGUAUUGAAGGUUGGGGUAACUGGCGCUGGUCUGAGCCCUUCAGUAUCGACAAUGUGGGGACUUUGCUCAGAAGCCUACAGAGGAAGGGCCAGACUGCCUCGCUCAUCAUUAAAGUCCUGCAACUCAACGGAGUACAAAAACAGAUUAUUAUCUGUGGAAGGCAGGUGGUAUGCAGUUACCUGAGUGAGGCGAUCGAGGUCCGUUUGGUGCAGCACACUGUAGGGUUGGAGGGGCAGUUGGAGGUGCGGGAGUUGCAGGCCUGUGUGGAGCCGGAAAGCAAGCUGCCGUCGUACGUGCUGGAGGACUCAGAAGUGACGGAGCUGUGCGUGCGAGCACAGGGAGAUGAGGAGUGGUCUCAGGAUAUAUGUCUUAAACAGACAGAUGAAAACAACAGCCGUGUGUUACAGAUUCCCUCCUCAUCAGGCUCUUUGGUGUCUGUAUGGUGCAAUAUAAUAACUCUGGAACCCAACACUCAUAUGCAGCAGAGAGUGAUUGUGUUUAGUCCACUGUUUGUGAUGCGGAGUCAUCUGCCUGAAGCUGUGAUGGUACAUGUGGAGAAAAGAAGUUUGGGUCAGAGGGAAAGCCAGGUCAUCCCUGGCCAUGGACAGCAGAGGGCGCUACUUAAUGUGGAUCCAGACAUCACACACCACCUCACCUUUCAAGCCAGUGAGGAACAAGACACGUCCCAGUGUGCAGUGCCAAUCUCCUCAGGUCUGAUUAAACAGAUUAUCAGUAAAGCAAGUCAAGAUGAGCGACAGAACCACAGCAGCGUGCUAGAGCACUUCUAUGGUCCCAAGGAUUCCAACCAUCCAUCCUGGCCCUAUACCUACAGAGACACUGACAGGUCGGAGACUGAGUCGGUAGCUCAGUGGGACAGUCCCAUGCAGGUGCGUCUCUGUGCGUGGCGGCCAGGUUUGAGCACUCUGCUGGUGGAGCUGUUGCCCUGGGCUCUGCUUUCCAAUCGCUCCCAUUGGGACCUCUGGCUGUUUGAGGCAGAGAGCAUCGUUUUGCAGAUCCCAGCUGGCAAGACGAUCGUUCCCCCCAACUUUAAGGAAGCAUUUCAGAUCGGCCUCUACUGGUCCCACACUAAUACUGUGCACAAGUCAGCAGCGAUCCAGUUAGUGCACGAGCUGACUUCACCACGCUGGAGGGAGGCAGGUGGAGAUGAGGUGAUCAGUUUGGAUGAAGAGGGAUAUGUCGAAGCUGUGAUCACCCUCGGAGCCCCGCCCAAGAAGAAGCUUUGUCAGUUCUGUGUGUCCUCUACGGUGAGGCAUGGGAUCCAGAUUUUGCAGAUUGAGGACAGAAAUAUUCUGGUGAACAACACAGUGCACAGCAUUAACUACACACCACUGCUGUAUGAAAACUCUCCUGCUACUCCUGACCAGAUAUAUAGUCCACCUGACACUAGUGCGUUCACUCUGGGCCCUGCGUCAGACACUGGCAGUCCCUCUCGCUGUGCAGUGCCAUGCUGGGAUGUUCUGAAAGAUGAUCCCCCUACAGAGAUAGUCUCAGUGCUGCCACAGAAGUUUAUCCUGUUCAGCUGCCUGGCUGAUCCCAAGCAGGAGGGGGAGCUGUGGAGCCUGCCGAGCCCUGUGCGAGCAGACUUCCCCAGACAGAGUGUAUCUGUGCCAAUUCAACACAAUGCCAACAACCAGCUUAGCACCAGAGCUCUAGUUCUGACAUACCAGGAGCACUUGGGAAUCAGCUACAUCUUUCUGAGUGAGGACCCAUGCCCCCGGAUGAUCAUCCAUAACCAGUGCCCCAGAGCCCUGCUGCUAAAGGAAAACCUGAGGGAGCCUGCAAGAACAGAAGUAUUCUGUAGAAAGCUUCCUGCUCUGUCCUCUGUGCACCACGAGCUGUACUACCACUCCUCAAGUUUCCCUGAAUGUCGACAGAGAGACACACUUCCAACCCUGCUUCUCUGCUCUGUCCCUGACGUGCCAACCAGCUCUCCUUCCACACCCACCAAAACUCACUGGACAGAAGCCAUUGACAUUAACAGUCCAGGCACACAGGUGAUAUUUCUGUCGGGUUUUGGAUGUCUGUAUGUCGAUGUGGCUCAUCAGAACGGCACCAUCGUUCUCACACUGGCACCCGAAAGCUGUGCUGGAGCCGUCAUCGAUGAACACCACAGGUUGUCCAAUCAGAUGCUGUCUGUUCAAGUGCUGUUGAAGGAGAUCAGCAUGGUCCUUUGUGAUGACAUCACCAGUCCAGUCGGUUCGGUGGAGCUGUUGCGUUUGACUAUGUCUAAAGUCCUCGUGCUCAUGCCUCCCACUGAGUCCACCGAGAGUGAUGCAUCCUCCACUCAUGUCCACCAGAUGCACGUGCUGUGCGGAAGUCUGCAAGUGGACAACCAGCUCUAUAACCGCUCUAGCUUCCACUUUCCGGUCUUGUUGUGCCAAGAGCAGCGGGCGGACUCGGCCUGCUGGGCGGGUGAUCGUGACCCGGUGCUGAGCUUCGAGGCCUUGGAGGACUUGCGGCAGGCAAGCUUCCUCUGUGUGGGUCUCGCUAUCUCCAGCAACGGGCUCCAACUGGAGCAGCUCAGUUUCCAGCUCAAACCUGCCCGAAUCUACCUGGAGGAUACGUUCGUUUACUACUUGAGAACACUCUUUCACACUUACAUCCCUGUGUCCACCCUGGCCUCUGCUGCUGCUGUAGACAGGAGGGUGUCAGAAGAGCCUGGACCAGUGCUACCAGAGACAGUGUACCAGUCAGUGCAGACGCUGGUCUGGCCAGUCCGGCUGCAGAGGCUGCAGAUCGAGCCGGUCAGUCUGCUGGUCAGUAUUCAUGCCUCUCUGAAGCUCUACAUUGCCUCUGACCACACACCACUCUCCUUCUCCGUGUUUGAGAGGGGACCACUCUGUACCACCCCACGCCAGCUCAUACAUGCACUGACGAUGCACUACGCUGCGGGGGCGCUCUUCAGAGCAGGCUGGGUUGUGGGCUCUCUGGAGAUCCUGGGCAGUCCUGCAAGUCUGGUACGUAGUAUUGGAAACGGAGUGGCUGAUUUCUUCCGGUUGCCUUAUGAGGGACUGACGCGUGGACCUGGGGCCUUUGUCAGUGGUGUGUCUCGUGGAACCAGCUCAUUCGUCAGACAUAUUUCAAAAGGCACACUGACAUCCAUCACUAACCUGGCUACUAGUCUGGCACGGAACAUGGACCGUCUGUCUCUGGAUGAGGAGCAUUACACGCGGCAGGAAGAGUGGAGGAGGCAGCUCCCCGAGAGUCUGGGUCACGGCCUGCGUCAGGGUCUGUCACGCCUGGGAAUCAGCUUGCUGGGAGCGAUUGCUGGUAUUGUGGAUCAGCCAAUGCAAACAUUCACAAGGCCAAUCGAGUCUCCUAGCACAGCAGCCAGCACCGCCCGGGGUGUCAUUUCUGGAGUGGGGAAAGGCAUUGUGGGAGUUUUCACGAAGCCGAUUGGAGGAGCUGCUGAGCUUGUCUCGCAGACAGGAUAUGGUAUCCUGCAUGGUGCUGGACUCUGUCAAAUGCCAAAGCAGACGUAUCUGCCUACAGAAGAGAAAUCAGCAGAUGCACCCAACAGUCAUCUGAAAUAUGUUUGGAAGAUGCUGCAGUCUCUGGGGAGGCCGGAGGUGCACAUGGCCCUGCAUGUGUUUAUGGUGAGCAGCUCAGGACAGGAGCACGCAGGGUGUCUGCUCCUGAGCCGGGAGGUUCUGUUCGUUGUGAGUGUGUGUGAAGAUACCCAGCAACAAGCCUUCCCCAUAACGGAGGUGCAGUGCCAACAAGACACACACAAACCCGAGAAGCUCACCCUCACCGUGCACCAGCACAGAGUUACCAGUGAUACUGAGGGUGAAGGUGUUCGUGAGCGUCUGUCUGAGCAACAGUACAGUCGGUUGGUUGACUACGUGACUCGAGUGUCUCAGUAUCUUGUGCCUUCUCCCUCCUCGCUUGUUCAGCAUCCCGUCGUCACAGCAGCCGAGCCCCCCAGCAGCGUCACCAAGACCUAUCACUACCGCACUGACCCCGCCUACGCACGAGUCUUCGUAUGCAAAUUCAACAUGGUGAAAAACAAAGCACUACACAUUGGCUUUAACUGAGCGCUGGGGUCAGUGUUUACCAGCACAUCAGAGUGCUGUUCUGAGAUCAGAUUUAAACAGACACGGAUGUGUAUUCUUCAGGAUAUUAAAGACAAACAUGAAGUGCUACUAGUGGAUGAGUUAACACUGCCACCAUCCACACAGUCACGCUCAGACAUCCAUCAAGCAGAGAUGAAGUUGCCAAAUACAGAAACUGAAUGUUCACAAAAUAAAUGUUGCAGUGGAGCGAAGAAGGAAAUUAGGAUGAUGAAUUUCUAAGUUUUGUAAAGAGUUUUGUAAAGAAAAACACUGAAACCUUCAGUAUCUCUAUCAACACUGCAUUCGCCUCAUUUUGCCUCUUUAUCCACUUUAUAUAAGGGACUAUUUUGUUAUUCAGUUUAUUCCAAAAAUCAUUUAAAAGGCUGCACUCGUAAAGCUGAGGGUAUAAGUGAAGCUGGAUGCCCACUGAAGAAUGUUAGAUGAAUGUCUGUAAAUUUAAUUAUAGGUGUUAAUUCUGUUUAAUUUUUUUAAAGCUUUAAAACAUUUUUUAUUUGACAGUACAAAAAAGUGGAUAAUUGCUUUAGUUCUUUACAUCGAAAUAUGUGCUGCUUUACAUUAACUCAUUUUUUAUAGCCAUUACAAAUGUACAGUUGAUAAAUAAAUAUAUGCAAUGUUUAAUAUGUUUAAAUAUUCUAAUAAAAUAAUGUUCUAAUAAGAUAUUAAGAAUGUAUCCAUGCAUGGUUAAUGUUUGAUUAUUUCUUCUUAAGCCAUGCAAAACUGCUUAUAAACUAGGAGUAAAAUGUAAAAAUGACGAGCUAUUAUUGAGUAGGACAGAUGGAUUCUCUCUCAGAAAAUACUGAUAAAUUCUUUUUUUUUCUAUAUACAUUAUAAUACUAUUUUUUAUAGACUCAUUUUUUAAAAUGUAUGUUGUUUUCAUUACACAGCUUUACACAGCAUUAGUUUUUUUUAAUAUAAGCUUCCCUAAAAAUGUUGACUGCAAAUAUCAUCUCAAUGGAAAGACUGUUUAACAGGUGAUAUUUGACAAUUGAUUACGAUAAAUUCUGUAGGUUUACAGUAAAGUAAAGUUUUCAGACACAAAA